GAACCAGAUGAUGACAACGAAUGUCUGGGUGAAGCAGGAGUGGCGUGACUAUAAGCUGUGCUGGGACCCCGCCGACUACGAGAACGUGACCUCCAUCCGCAUCCCCUCUGAGCUCAUCUGGCGGCCGGACAUCGUCCUGUACAACAACGCCGACGGGGACUUUGCCAUCACCCACCUGACCAAGGCCCACCUCUUUCACGACGGGCGAGUGCAGUGGACACCCCCGGCCAUCUACAAGAGCUCCUGCAGCAUCGACGUCACCUUCUUCCCCUUCGACCAGCAGAACUGCACCAUGAAGUUCGGGUCCUGGACCUACGACAAGGCCAAGAUCGACCUGGUGAGCAUGCACAGCCGCGUGGACCAGCUGGACUUCUGGGAGAGCGGCGAGUGGGUCAUCGUGGACGCCGUGGGCACCUACAACACGCGCAAGUACGAGUGCUGCGCGGAGGUGUACCCGGACAUCACGUACGCCUUCGUCAUCCGGCGGCUGCCGCUCUUCUACACGGUCAACCUCCUCGCGCCCUGCCUGCUCAUCUCCUGCCUCACGGUGCUGGUCUUCUACCUGCCCGCCGAGUGCGGCGAGAAGGUCACGCUCUGCGUCUCCGUGCUGCUGGCGCUCACCGUCUUCCUGCUGCUCAUCACCGAGAUCGUGCCGUCCACCUCGCUGGUCAUCCCGCUCAUCGGCGAGUACCUGCUCCUCACCAUGACCUUCGUCGCGCUCUCCAUCGCCAUCACCGUCUUCGCGCUCAACGUGCACCACCGCUCCCCGCGCACGCGCACCGUGCCCGCCUGGGUCCGCCGCGUCUUCCUGGACGUCGUGCCGCGCCUGCUCUUCAUGAAGCGGCCGUCCGUGGUCAAGGACAGCUGCCGGCGGCUCGUCGAGCCCGUGCACAAGGCGGCCGGAGCCCCGCGCUUCUGGCCGGAGCCCCGGGGGGAGCCCGAGCUCAGGAGUGGGGGCCCCGCCCCCGCCCCGUCCCCGACCCCAUCCUGCGGCCCGGACCAGCCGGCCUGCACGUCGCCCUCUCACCGGGCCUCUGCCCUGCAGCCCCCAGAGGCCGAGCGGGCCGGCCCCUGCCCCCCGCCCGGGCCCUGCCGCCCACCCACCGGCACCCGGGCCCCAGGGCUCACCAAGGCCCGGUCCCUGAGCGUCCAGCACGUGUCCGGCCCCAGCGAGGCGGCGGAGGGCGGCGUGAGGUGCCGCUCCCAGAGCAUCCAGUACUGCGUGCCCCGAGAAGAGGCCGCCGCCCCAGCCGACCGCCCGGCGGACGGCUCCCCUGCCUCGCGGACCACGGCCCCCUCGGCCGAGCCUCCGCCCCCAGGCCAGGCCUCCCCCUGCAAGUGCACGUGCGGCGAGGAGGCGGAGGCACCGGACGCCGCGCUCAAGGCCCCUGGCACCGGAGCGCCGCCCCUGCCCCUGUCGCCAGCCCUGGCGCGGGCCGUUGAGGGAGUCCAGUACAUCGCAGACCACCUGAAGGCGGAAGACGCAGACUUCUCGGCGAAGGAGGACUGGAAGUACGUGGCCCUGGUCAUCGACCGCAUCUUCCUCUGGGUGUUCGUCCUCGUCUGCCUGCUGGGGACGGUGGGCCUCUUCCUGCCGCCCUGGCUGGCCGGCAUGAUCUAG